AUGUCUAAUCACACAAGACUGACUCAUUUCAUCCUGAGAGGCUUUGCAGAGGCCCCUGAGUUGAAAUCUGUGGUCAUCUUCUUCUUCUCAUUUGUCUACCUGUUCGGCCUCCUGGGGAACAUCUCCAUCAUCACAGCUGUGAUCAGGGAAAGCCGCCUCCACUCACCCAUGUACUUCUUCCUAAAGAACCUGUCUUUUCUGGACAUGUGCUACACCUCAGUCACCAUCCCCAAGGCUCUGGUUACCUCCUUCAGGGGGUCUGGGGUCAUUUCCUACCUGGAGUGUGUAGCUCAGCUUUAUGUGUUUAUUACACUAUCUUCUACUGAGUGUUUUCUGCUCACAGCCAUGGCCUAUGACCGCUGCACAGCCAUCCACCGACCCCUGGUCUAUGGGGCCCUGAUGACCCAGAAACUUUGCUCUCAACUGGUUGCAGUGGCCUGGCUGAGUGGGGCCAUGUACUCAGCCUUCCACACCCUCAACACCUUCUCGCUGCCCUUCUGUGGGCCCGUCAUUGAGCAUUUCUUCUGUGACAUCCCUCCAGUCAUGAGACUCUCCUGCACCGAUUACCACCUCAGUGAGAAAGUGGGCUUUGCUGUGAGCAGCUGUGUUGUCAUGAGCUCCUUCGCCCUCACCCUCCUCUCCUAUGUUCCAAUCAUCUCCACCAUAGCCCAGAUCCCCUCCGUGGAUGGCAGGUGGAAGGCCUUCUCCACCUGCUCCUCUCACCUGACCACAGUUGUUCUGUUCUACGGAACCGGGAGCUUCAUGUACUUGAGGCCUGCUUCCCGUUACUCCCCAACCCAGGGUCGUGUGGCAUCUAUUUUUUAUUCCAUUCUCACACCUACUUUGAAUCCUGUUAUCUAUUGUCUCAGGAACAAUGAUAUGAAGGUCGCCCUACAGAAACUGUAUUGUGCAAAGAAGAAAAACUAA